AUGCCCAGGCCUAGCUUGAGUCGUUUUCUUGGUAAAUAUGACCAAAGGUCUGCUGUAAAGCCGCCUAGAAGCAAUGAGGGAUCUAAUUCUCCCAAGUCGGCGCAGACAGACCCCUCUGCAGCUUCUACGCCAGAUUCAGAAUCAUCACAACGUGAUCGUGCCUCACUCAGCCCAUUAAUUGGCAAUGAUGCACAAUUACAGCAGACACCACCGGCAACAGCUUCUUCGAGCUCACAGGGUCCCCUGACUUCUAAAAAUACAGCCAGAACCAGCGUUCCACCAGUGGAAGACGCUCCCGAGGCAGGGAUUCGAGAUUUUCUAUGGACUCGUGCUUUCCAGUUAUUUCAAGAGAGAGAUGAAGACAAGGGGUUGAUGAAUGUUUAUUUGCAACACAUUGCGUCGUUUGAAGGCCACAGUAAGAAGGGACCAGAUUUAUCCGAUCGGGAGUUUGUUGAGGACGUCUUGAGCCGUCUUCUGGCUACCCGAGAAGAGAGGAUAUGGAAAAUUACGAUUCAGAGUCAUGAUAUCAAGAUUCGUGCUCAAUUCGAGAAAAUUCUCAAGUUUCUUAAAUGGUCCGACUCUCUCGUGAAGGGGGCGUUGAGCAGUCAACCAUAUGCCGCACUUGCGUGGUCUGGGGUUUCCUUGAUCAUCCCACUCCUCACGAGCGGCAUUGAACAAAAUGAGAAUAUGCUAGAGGGCUUGAAUACCAUUGGAGAGAUUCAGAUAUACUGGCAGGUUUUCGAGGAGAAUUUCGAAUCUGAGCAUAAACAGCACUAUAAGGUUCUCAUCGAGCCUUUGUCCAAGCUCUUUUCUGAUAUUAUCGAAUACCAUGCUCGAGUUAUACACCAUCUGACGAGCACGCAGUCUUCUCGAGCAAGGCAGGACCUGCGGGACUCGAAUGCUUGGACGGCAAUCACAGAAAGAAUCAAAACUGCCGACGAAAGCUGUCGCACUCGCUUCAUACCUCUCGCACAACAGGCUGAGGUUCGAAGAUCCAGGGAUCUCCAGCUGCAUGAGUUACAAAGUUCUCGUGCUAUCCAAGAAAAGUCUCUUGAGUACAGUCAGCAGAUUGAAUUAGAAUCGCAGAAAACAAGACUUCUUGGAGCCCUGGCCGGAGCAGCUGGAGAUUACCAGAGGUACAAGGAUAUCAAUCCGAAGAGAGUUCCUGGCACUUGCGAAUGGUUUUUACGUGACAAUAGAUUUAGUACCUGGCGUGAUGGCAAUUCCGGCCUUCUUUGGGUCUCCGCGGGCCCUGGGCGUGGAAAGUCGGUCCUAUCGAGGGCUUUGGUUGAUGAGGAGCAUUUACACCCGCUCACAACGUUGACGAUCACAUCCUCGGGCAAUUUGUCGGGUCCGACCUCGAUCGUCACUUAUUUCUUCUUCAAAGAAGGUAUAGAUUACAAUAUGGAUGGUGCUAGCGCUCUGAGUGCAAUGCUCCAUCAACUUUUCAAAUCUUCAUUCGCCCCAAACUUUCUCAAGCACGCACUUUCACCCUUCAAGACAGAAGGGCAAUCUUUGGUCACAAAAUUUUCAUUACUGUGGAAAAUUCUCGUGGACUGUGCUACGUUGAGCGAUGCAAAUGAGAUAAUUUGUGUCUUGGACGCUUUGGAUGAAUGCAACGAACGCAGCAGACUUGAAAUAAUCAAAACCAUCAAGGAAUUCUAUUGUGGAAGCCAGGCGUCCUCAAAAGCAAAACUCAAGUUCCUAAUAACAAGUCGUCCAUAUGAUGAUAUCGAAUAUUCAUUCAAGGGGUUUCGGAAAUUUGUGGCCUAUUUGCGAUUAGACGGCGAUGAAAAAUCAAAAGAAAUUGGCCGGGAAAUUGAUCUCGUUAUAGAUGCCCGGGUCAACAGUGUGACAGACGGCUUUAGCGAUAAGGACCGACAACGCAUCACAGAUCGCCUCAAAUCUAUGGAGAAUCGGACAUAUCUUUGGUUGUAUUUGAUAUUUGAUGUCAUUGAAAAAUACCCAGCUGGAUAUAGUAGACCCUCGGAUAUGGAAGAAUUACUCUCAAAUCUUCCAACCAAAGUAUCCGAUGCAUAUGAAACCAUAUUGACUCGCAGCAAAGAUCCGCGGCGAACGAUCAUUAUACUUCAGCUUGUCCUCGCGGCUCGGCGACCUCUGACUCUUGAGGAAGCGAACGUUGCACUGAAUAUCGCUCUGCAUAAAGAGGAAUUGACCUCACAUGGAGCGCUUAAUGCCAAAAUGUGGCGAGCAGACGAUUUCAAAGCUGUCGUCAUGAGUGCUUGCGGCCUCUUCGUCACCGUGCACGACUCAAAGCUUUCUCUCAUUCAUCAAACAGCGAGAAAUUUUCUUAUCUCACCCAGAUGCGAUGGAGAAAAGGGUCGUUGGAAAGGUUCACUUAGCCUACCUCAAGGUCAUGGCAUGAUUUCGCAAAUAUGUCUUCAGUACCUGUUGUUCCCUGAUAUCGAUAAGGCUACCGAUGUUGAAGCACCACGAGAUGAAACAUAUCCAUUGCUUCCAUAUGCUUCUACUUAUUGGCCUUCACAUUUCGCAGACCAAGAGGUUUCUCUUGCUGAUCAGUCUGUCAAGCAAGCGCGUAUGCUCUGCGAUGUGAAUGGACAUGCUGCAAAUAUCUGGACUCCCAAUUACGACUUUUGGCGCCUCUUAUAUUUACAUAAUUGGACCGACUUAGCGUUAUCAGUCUUUAUCGGUCUCGAGAAAGUAACUGAUUUGCUGCUGAACGAAGGUGCGGACCCCAACGCUGAAUGCGGAGACUACCAUACAGCUCUUCAGGUAGCCGCAGCAGAGGGUCACUCCAAUAUUGUCAGGUUAUUGCUUAGUAAAGGAGCAAAAGUGAAUAUAGAAGGCGGAGACUAUCAUACGGCACUACAUGCCGCAUCUCGAGAAGGUCACCGGCAGGUUGUGAAGAUGCUGUUAGACAAGGGAGCCAAUGUCAAUAUCACCUGCGAUAGAGAGCCGAAAACGGCGCUCAGAGCAGCAUCAGAGCAUGGUCACCUAGAAAUUGUUGAGAUGCUGGUAAAAGGAGGAGCCAAUGUCAAUGUCCUAGGCGGAAAACAGUUCUGCUCCGCUCUUCAAGCAGCAUCCUGUAAUGGCCAUAUACAGAUCGUCAGGUUGCUGCUUGAAAACAAUGCGCAGGUCAACGUCGAAGGUGGAGAGGAUCAUACAGCACUUAAAGGCGCAAUUGCGCAGGGGCAUGAAGAUAUUGUAAGUCUGCUACUGGAGCGGGGGGCAGAAAUCAAUAUUGAAAAUGGGCUUCAUUCUUCGAUAUUACAAGUGGCAUCAAAAGGAGGUCACGAAGGAAUCGUCAAAAAAUUGCUCCAAAGUGGCGCCGAUGUCAACAUCGAAAGUGGCAUACAUUGCACAGCGCUACAGGCCGCAUCGGCAGAAGGCCAUACCAAGAUCGUUGAGAUCCUGAUCAAUGAGGGAGCUUAUGUCAAUACUGAAGGUGGCAUGUACCAUACAGCGCUUCAGGCAGCCUCAUCGCGGGGGCGUGAAGAGACUGUUGUUGCUUUAAUAAACAAGGGCGCCGACAUCAAUGUGACUGGCGGAGCACAUUUUUACACAGCACUUCAAGCAGCAUCAGCACAUUGCAACGAGAAGAUAGUGGGAAUUCUACUCAAAAAUGGAGCCAAUGCCAAGAUUGAAGGGGGAAAGGCUCAUACAGCACUGCAAGCAGCAUCAUCGUCAACAUCGCGGUGUGAAACAUCACUUGUCAAGAUGUUGCUCGAUCACGGAGCCAACGUCAACGCUCAAGGGGGAACAUAUCAUACGGCGUUACAGGCCGCGUCAUACACUGGUCAUGAAGAAGUUGUCAAUUUGUUGCUGAGGUGUGGGGGGAGAGUGAACAUCACUGGAGGUAAAUAUCAUACAGCUCUACAAGCUGCGGCAUGCAACGGCAGUGAAAAGAUCGUCAAGUUACUGCUCGAAAGCGGGGCACAUGUCAACGUGCGAGGUGGAUUCUAUUUUACCGCGCUACAAGCGGCAGUAGCAAAGGGCCACGAGUCAAUUGUUAAUAUUCUGAUCGAAAACGGAGCAGAUGUCGACUGUGAAGGCGGCAAGACCUUCUACACGGCACUUCAGGCGGCAUCAGCCGGGGGUCACUUGCAGAUUGUCAAGAUCUUACUCAACAAUGGAGCGAACAUCCAUAUUCAAGGAGGACCGAAUUACUUAACACCACUGCAGGCAGCGUCAUAUUAUGGCCGCCAAGAGAUUGUGCGAAUUUUGUUGGACAUGGGAGCCAAUGUGAAUGAUGCUCCUGGUGCCUUUUGCGGUACAGCGCUUGCCGGAGCAUUGAGAUCUGGCGAUCCGCGGAUCGUUAAAAUGUUACUUGACAAGAAUGCUAUUAUUGAUCAACAAGCUCUUGAUCAGGCAUCUGCCAAGGGUCUCGUGCAUAUCACCGAAAUGUUAUACCAAGCAAUGAGAUCCAGGGACAAAUGA